UCAGCCCGUGUCAACAUUACGUAUACCUAAUGUACAAAAAGCACCAGAGGAGUAUGUGUAAAUGACUCUCUUAUGUAUCGAAUUAAUGGAUACACCGAAAACAAUGAAAGUGUCAUUUAUGAUUUGAGUGGCACGAGUGUUGGCAUUGACGAUACCAAGGAUAACAACAACAAUAAUAACAAUCAAUCAAAUAACAGCGAAGUAGCCCCCGUCAGCGGCAGUGAUAAUAGUAAAAUGCAUCAACGACGCACAGAACCUACAGUAGGAUCAGUGCAACUAACCCCCCUAUGGGAACAUGUUCUACGUACGCGGCGCUUGCCGGAAGCAAUUUGCCCGGCUACAAUGUUUGGCGAAUUCCAUGAACGUCUACAGGAUCCAGAGUGGCAAGUGCGGCAGCAUGCUCUACGCGUUCUCGUCGACGUUCUGGUGGUGAUGAAAUCGAAGGCCGACAAGUACAAUAUUCAUUUCUUAGUGGAUCUGAUCAAAAAUCUGGGACAUCAAGCGCCCACAGUGCGCAAAGGAGCUUUAGAUUGUUUGAGAGUAUAUCUCGCAGAGACAGCCAUACCCGAGGUGGUCAUGCUGCAGAUUUUAGACAUCGGUUUGAAUCACCAAUCUAUCUAUGAUGAGCGUUUGAGCUGUGGAGUUUUGCUGUCACUGCCCGCAUUGCUUCAAUCAAUUUUACACACGCCGCAACGACACUUCAUUGUGAAGCAUACUAUUGAGCGUAUACUGCAGCGAUUGCAGCGUAAGCAAGCCCAACAAGAAAUUUCAAUAAAAGUUCUGGCAAAAAUUAGCGAGCUGCUUGGUUUGCAAGAGUUCGAGAGUUAUUUGCAUGACGUGAAUGGUCAGGAUGCCUUGGCCCUGUACAGGCAUCUCUGCAAAGUAUAUUUAAUUUCAAAUAAGCCUACUACUUCUACAAACGGUAAUGCUGGAGCCUGGCGAGCUAUUCCUCGAGAAUAUACUUGGCGUGGCAGUGGAUUUUCUCAAGCAUCUGAGCCAGAAUCUUUACUGAUGACCGAGAAAGGCGGCAAGGUGAUUAUGGAAACGGAAAUUAAAAUCAACGAUGAUACCCUUACUAUGCGCAUCCUCGAAGCAGAGACUGAAACCGAGGAGACAGAUAGUCCCAUUAUGGGUUCAACUGAGCUUGUGUGUCGACCAUUAGCAAGUGCUACGUCUCAAAGAGAUUUAAAUGCGGGUAUUCUGCAAAUUAUUAGCGACUCGGAAAUGGAAGAAAUAGCGGAGCCAUCUCACAAUGAAAACAAUGAACUUGGCACGCCCAUUCGUGGCUUGAAGCGUGUCACUUUUGGUGGCGAGGUUGUAAAAAUGCGCACACCUGACAGCGAUGCAGCACCUUCGGCACAUAAUAAUGAGAGCACAACAACAGACCAAAGCAAACUCAGCGCUAUUUCAGUAUCAGCGAUUAAAGGACAUUCAUUGUUAUCAACGCCAUCACCAUCACCAGCAGAAGAGCUGAACUCAGAAGAGAAUUCGAACUCACCAAAUGAAAAUGCCAUGACAGAAUUAACAUUGGAAAUUCCCAUUGAUAACACAAAGCCCUUGCCUAGGGCACAUAGUGCACAUUCCCCAAAGCGAAGUUACAGUGCCAUGAGCGAGCCCCCAAUUUCGAAUUCCAGCAAUUUCACAUCACCAAAGCCAGAAAUGACACAGUCUCCUGCCUUUCGCUGCCGUAGCAUAAGUCCGGCUGGCAGCAGCAACGUCAGUCCGAAAGUGCCCCACAAAGAGAUCGAAGUGCUGCAUAACCUACAACGUGAUUUAGAUCCCUCGCCCCGUUCAAUGCGUCGCAUCGACUGUGUGGCAACUACAGACACAGUUACACCUUCGCCUACAACAGCAUCUGUAAUGUCAGUAGAACUGCCUUCUACACCAAAUACGUGGGAAGACCUAGACAUUGUGAGCUAUAAAACAAUAAUGGACCUUCGCUCAGGGGACUGGCGCAAUCGUUUGCAGGGAAUAUCACAACUAGAGAUAGCAUUGAGCUCAUCAGCCAACUUGGUACAAGUGCUGCCCUGUUUGGAUAGUCUGUUGCGCACCUUGUUGUCUUCCGAGCGCAAUUUAAAGGUAUCUGAGCUGAAGCGCGAGGUUUUAGUGAAUCUUAUCUCACGGCUUCCGUUGGACAAUUUAGAGGAGCGUACGCACCAAAUUCUUUCAGGUCUCUGUCGCCAAGGCAACGUCGGAGCUAAUCGUGUUUGCAAGGCACUUAUGCAACAUCUUCCAGCUGGCACAAUUGUUGCCAAACUGACAGCACCAGAGUAUUUGCAUGCCAAGAGCUCCAAGUUUCGUGACCAUGCGUUGCAAAUGUCCAUAUUCGCAUUGAUGACUUUUCCCGGUACUUGCUUUGACAUCAGUAGCCUGUCCGAGCAAGUUACGUACGCCGCCCUUAAUCGAAAGCGUCGAGUGCGACAGGCUGCCCUAGAAGUGUUAGCCGUGCUUGCUGAUAUAUCAUCGGCGGAGCAAGUCUUGGAAAUCGUAGCAGAAAUUGCAGCUGGUGUAGAAUCGGGAACUGCCCUGUUGACGGCUGUUAAAACACGUUUGUCACGUCCACAAUUGCCCGUUAUAACGUCGGACGGAGCAGUUUUAUAUAUUUUUCAUAAAAUGGAGCAGAUGGGCAUCUCAAGUACAGGAGCUGAUAUCGAUUGGAUUACACAAGGGGACGGAUCAGCCUCGCCCAAUUCUAUGAAAAGGCGUCACAUGUCAAAUAAAAAACGAGUUCUCCAAGAAAGAACGGAUGUGGAUAAUAAGACUGGAGCAAGUUUUAAGACUUAUGAAAAUUUGCACCGGCAUUCCUUUCAUUCGCCACCUGAAGCCCUAGACAUGUCUAGACCAAAUGAUUUUUCUCAAAAGAAAAACUACGGUACUAGUGUCAUCCAAGGCAACUUCAUGGAGCGCCGUCUAGUCACCCAGGCAUACUCUGAAUCUUCUAUUGACGGUAGAAGCUCUGACAGUACAACAACAACUUGCAGUAGUGGAAGCGGGAGCGGAAGUGGAAGUUUUAUACAAUUGACUGCCUGUAACGCGGGCUUGAACCGACGAUUGGUCAGACAGAAUUCACGGUUUCCCGUUAUGCGGCAACACACGGAUUUCAUCAAUAAUUUCAUGCGUAAUGGACAGCGAACUACAUAUCCUUAUAGUUUUGAGGAUUCCAAUUAUCCGAAAGUACACUGUGCAUCACACAAAAUAGAAAAACAGCAGCCGACUAGAAAGCCACCGACAUUGCAUCAACAAGCUAACAACCAAAAAAACUGGAUUACCACAAACAAUGAAUCUCAGGAAAACGCAAAGGUGAAUGAAACAAUUAAAAAGAAUUCCAACACUGGAUUAGAGGUAGCCAUUCAAGAUGUACCCACGAGUAAAUCCAUGAUUAUGGUUGAGCCAGAAAAUAAAAUUUCAACAGCCCCAUCAACGUCAUCCUUGAUGCUAGAAACUGAGUCAGUUAACGUUACCAAUCAUAAUGUAGAUGGCUCUCCACUGUCAAUCAAAUCGACAAGCUACUCUCAAAAAUCAACAGCUUCAGCUAAAUCGUACAGUUGCCACAGCGAAGAUAGCAGGCAACCAAUCGAACAAUCUGCUACUCGGAAUGAUUUAGAGUCGAUAAACUUAGAGCAACAAUUUGGGGAUCUCGUUGUGAACGAUGUAGAGGACGAAACGGAUUCACUGUCUCAGGAGCCAGUAUUAAAGCGCAACGAAAGCGUCAAUAGUCUGCACAGCAAAACAGAAAGCAUCAAGACACAGUUAGAAGAUGCCACGCCACAGAUGUCUCGAGCACAGUCUAUCAAAUCGCUUGCUAUUGAAGAGGAGAUUGAAAGUACCAAUAGCUUCGUAGUGGUUGAGGAACUGCAGCACGAGCUUGAAUCGCCGGCUGUGGAAUCUCCCGUCGUCAAGAUGCAGAAAAAAUUAAUCGAUAAUCACGGAACACCCUCACGAGCUUCAAGCAGCAGAAAGUCCGCUAAUGCACAUGACGAAAGGACCAUUCAUUCACGAAGUAUCUCUCUGGAUUCUCUGUAUGGCGCACGUCCCGUAUCGAAGCAAGACUCACUGGAUACCAGCCUCUGCACGACAGAUAACAGCUCGCACACAGGGUCCCAACUGGAAAACAUACAUUUGCCUGCGAAAGUACAGCACACUCCAUUAAAACAAAAGUCAAAAACAUCAUAUUUUCUCCGAGGUCAACGGCGAAUUUCUCCGGUGAAGCAGGCCAUCAAAAUGUCGCAGACGGAAUUGUUCCCGCCGAAUAUGACACGUUUUGAAAAGCCACGCGACGCCCUGAUAAAGACAUUCGAUCAAUUGGAUUCCAGCAAUUGGGAGAUUAACAUGACUGGACUGAAAUCCAUUGUACGCUUAAUCCGCUAUCACUCAGAUUUUUUGGAUAGUCACAUGCACAUGACAUGCAUUCAGCUGACGCGAUCUGUUCGAAACUUACGUUCACAAGUAGCUCGGGCAUCAUGUCAAGCAGCCACUGAGCUGUUUACUUUAAAGUGCAAGUCGCUUGAGGUUGAGUGUGAUGAUUUAGUCUGCGCGUUGCUCCAUCGCACUGCAGAUACUAAUCGCUUCUUGCGUGCAGAUGCCACACGUGCCUUGGAGUCGAUGGUCGAUCACUUGCAACCGCCUAAAGUACUCACUAUAUUAACGACAAAAGGCGCUCAACACCAAAAUGCGCUUGUCAGGACCACAACUGCAAAGCUGUUAUUCAGACUAGUCGAACGCUUAGGAAGCGAUCGCAUCUAUGCGAUGGCCCGUGAAAGCCGUGACAAGUUUUUCAUGGUGGGUGCAAAUCUAUUGCUUGAGGGCAGUCUGGAAACACGCAGCUAUGCCAAGUCUCUGUUCCGCGCCUUGUCAGAGCACGCAAGCUAUCAGCGUAUCAUAUUGGAAGUUAUUCCCCCUCGAACUUAUCGCAAUGUGGAGAAGACACUCAGAAGCAUUACUCGAUGAUCUCUU